AGACACGCCUCUCCUACAUGCGGGCAGUGCGUUCAGAGCACCGAGGACUAAGGAUGAUUCUCCUAACGCUUUAUUUAUUACUUUCAUGCCUUAAUAAUUUCACAAAGGCGAACUCGACACAUUUACCCAGGAUGAUUUUCACAGACAAAGAGACUACAAUAGUCAGGUUAUCUUUACCUGACAACCAUGUACCCGUACGGAUUGUCCUGGAAGGGGAGCCAGGCAUGGCCACAACUGCUGGACAAAAAGACCUGAUUUCAUUCAACUUUCAAAGUCCUCAGAAGGCUUCUGUGAAACAUCCGGUGUUGUGGGAAGAAUGCAAUGGAAAGUCACCAGAAGAGUGCAACUAUAACAUCGCAGUGAUGCACAAGAGGAAUGAGACGAACCAGACAUUUGUGUGUGGGACUAAUGGCCAGGAAAACGUGUGCUGCAGUAUGAGUUUGUCAAAGGGUAAGUGCAUUCCCUCUGGCAAAAUAAAGGACAUAAGAAGAACCAUAAGGGAAUUUACCAUGAGAGAAGGUCAACCAUCUGUCCUUGUGGAGUCAGCAGAAAGUGCACAUCUCUACAUUACACACUCUGGAUCUGAAGGAUCUAAUGGCAUCUACAAGUUCGGGACAAACAGAUUAGCUCCAGCAAACCACGAUAAAGAGCAGCACUAUGUUGGUUUGGUGCUCAGCAAACAGGAAAACAAUCAGGACAAAGUUUAUGGCUUCUAUAGGGAGAAAAGCAAAGACAGAAGCAUGUACAGUGAAAUGUGGCUCCCUUUUGUGACCCAGGUUUGCACGGCAGAUAUUGGUGGUCCCAAGAACACACUGCAGUUCUUCUGGACAUCCCAGAUGAAUGCCAGGCUCUUUUGUGGAGACCCUGAGAGAAAACAGCACUUCUCUGAGCUGGUAGACGUGGCUACUGUGCAUGCAGAGCAGUGGCAGGAUACAAGGAUUUAUGCACUCUUCAGAAAUGAAUGGGGUAUGAGUGCUGUGUGUGUCUACAAGAUACAAGAUAUCGACUACAUCUUCAAAACUUCCCCUUUUAAAGGGGAAUCGGAGAACAGGUCUAGAGAGUGUGUUUCAGACAGCACAAAGAUUAAUUUUCAAACCUUGAUGCUGAUCAAAAAGACUUCAGAGAUGGAGAAAUGGAUCCUGCCUGUAAACAACUCUGGCCCACUUCUCUUCAAUCACCACAACUACACUCACAUCAAUGUUGACAGUUCCCAGCAUGAGCACCAACCAGUUCUGUUUCUGUCUCUGAAUAAUGGGGGAAUUCAUAAAGCCAUAAAGAAUGAAAAUCAGAACUUUGUCAUCGCUGAAUACAAACCUUUCAGUCACCGAACCCACGUUCUCGGCAUCAUCCUUCAUCCUCCCUCUAAGAAGCUGUAUGUCAGCUCCAGAAGUGAACUGGUCCAAAUGGAUGUGGCAAACUGUGGCCAUUAUGGAGUCAGCUGUGAGGAAUGCGUCUUAGCCAGAGACCCCUAUUGUGGCUGGAACCACACCCAUUGCAGUCCACAUGGCAAAGUGCAGGAUGUGGACAAAGGGGACCAUUCCAUCUGCAAGUCUGUACCAAACACUGAAACAGAGUCCAUGUUUUUAACUGCAUCCAGGCGUCCAGUCAAGGAUGUGAACAACAUCAGAGUUGCCUCUGGCUCCAGGUAUUUCCUCCGGUGCCCGGUGUCAUCCCGUCAUGCCCAGUAUACCUGGGAUCAACCUAAAGGGAACACAUCCUGCAGCUCAAAGGACCAGCAGUGCGUUCUUCUGAUCGACAGCAUGGGCCCUGAACAGGCAGGAAGCUACAGGUGUGUGUCUGAGGAGAUGGGCUACAGCAGAGUCCUGGCGCAAUACCAACUAGAGAGCAAGGCGGUGGGCCAUUCAUCGAGCCCACUGGUCUGGGUUUGUCUAAUGGUUGCUCUGAUCAACAGUUUGUCCUGUUCAGUAAUUACAAUGAAUAGAUAAAUAGAAUCGCCCUACUCCUGUGCAUUGGAGAUUUUUAAUGAAAAAAAAGAUUACCUUAUUUUCAUCCCUGAGCUUCAAAUGUGUAUUUUUGAAAGAUGAAGUAGUAAUUGUAUGUAAGAAAGCUCAAAUGUUCCUCUUUUAGCAUUCCUGCAUCCUUUGACACGUCACUGCACUUUAUGUUUGCCUUCAGUAGAAUAUACUCACAACCAGUAAUGAUGCAAUAAUUUUAACAUUAUUUAAGUUAUACUGUGAUUGUAUUAUUAAUUUUGUUUUACAACUGGGUGUAGUGUAAUUUCUAUAAACAUAAAAUCUGUAGGCAAGGAACCAAGAUUUUGCCAUCUGAAGCAUUCUGUUUGGUCAAUAGUAACUCUCGCUAUAAUCACGUUUGAGCGUGCUUCCAUUGAAGUCCAUGUGGAGAGAAAAAGUGAAACAGCACUGGCUGAGUCUUGUAACCCAUCCGCUAUCAUCUGAUCUCUGAUCAAAAUGUCUCUUAUAUUAGGUUGCUAAUCAGAUUGUCUUUGCCCGGAUAUUUGGCUACCAACCAAACAUAAAAAAACAAACAAAAAAAAAAAAAGAGAGAGAAAAUAGAAUGAACAAAUGUAGUCUUAACUCUUUACAUCCUGUAACUCUGUCAAACCAAUCAAUACAUGCGAGGUGGCAAAUUUUUGUCAAAAGCUUCUGGAGAUCUUUCACUUCAGUUCCGUUGAAAUACCUGUAAGUGCUGCAUCCGUUUUUCCUUUUUAAAGUGAAAUUCUGUAUAACAUACCAAAUUGACUGUUCUUUCCUAUCUUGCAAACUACCUCGAACUUGUUUGACGGGCAUCAGGUUACAACAGAUUCAGUCAUGUUCAGUUUGUCAAGACUUCCGUUUCAAGUUAAAUGUGACAUGCCCGCUUUGUGCAAUACUGCUGUGGCGUUAACUGCUAAACUGAGCCUUCAUUUUGUACACCUUUUUAUAAAACAAGGAUGUGAGAAAAGAAAACACAGUUAGGUGAGGUGCUUUCUGAAACUGACUUGUUGCCAUGCAGAUGUGCCAUACUGCCAAAUGUUUCGGGUUGUAUUAUCCAACUUUGCUGCAUUCGGUAGCAAGGACUCCAGCACUUUAUAUUUUGUAUGAGCCUAUGUAUUUGAUAUGUGUGACGCUUUCUCUCACCCACGACUUUACAAUAUUACGUCUUUGAUUCAAGGUUUUGUGUAGAUGUGAAUAAUUCCCAUCAUAAAGGCUUCAUCAAUUAAUCAGUGGUAGUAUAGCGAAAUUAGAAACAAAAAUCCCAUCUUAUCUCUCAAUAAUUAAUAAAGCAAUAAAUAAUGAUAGAACUAGUGCUGCACUGCACAUUGUAUUGUAAUUAAAUCAGCCCCUUUCUUUAGACCAGUUCACCCCAAAAUAAUAGAGUUGAAUGAAUUUAAGAGUUUGUGUCUGUCACAUGUUGCCUGUUCCAAUGCAGAAGACAAAGUUAUCAUGUGGUGUGUCAGACAGUGUGUUGAAUGUAAUAUUGCAUAAUCAUAUUUAAUUAUUCACAAGAUGAUCUGUACAUAUUUGAGCCAUGCAAUUCUGAAUUUCUAUUUUUAAGAUUAUAAAAUAUAGUUCUAAAUAAA